CAACAAGUUCAACAUCUAUCUCAACAAGUUCAGAUGAUGCAGGGAAUGCUGAUGCAGAUGUAUAGUGCUCAGAUGGGAUCUCCAAUGGGACCCCAGUUCACCCGUCCGUCACAAUCUGGACAGACCCCAAACACCAACGAAACACAGGGUUCUGAGACCGGACAAGGAAACCCACAGAUGGACAUUCAGUGGUCGAUGCCUCCUAGAGGACAGAUUCUUCCUCCUCCACAACCAGGUAUGGGAUAUUGGCCACCACCACCAUGGGGAUAUCCUACACAUCCAAUGGGGCCUUGGGGACGCCCCCCAUGGCCAACACAGCCACUUCCGUCACAUGCGGUUGAUCUUCUGGUCGGUGGCCUGUAG